CUCACUGAGUUUAAGACGCAGCAGUGACGGAUCUGUUACAGCCGAGCCGGCUUGAGAAUUCGCUAUAAAUUCAUUGUUACACCGCCUGACAUCUUAGAUCUUCUCUACAGGGAAAGUGGGGGGGUGCUUUACAAAAAGAACUUUGUCCCCCUGAAAAAUAAAUAUUUUGACGCGUCUGACAAUACAGAGUUUGGAAGUUUUGGACAGAGCUGCAUUUCAUUAUAUUUUUUCUCUGUGUGUGUGUUUUGCACGCUGGGUUUUAUUUUGUACAAUAGUUAUUUUGGAACCUGGUGGGUUUGUUUGGAUUUUUUUGUUAUUUUUUCUCUCUCCUGUCACUGUAAACAUGGUGCUGUUUGUUUUCCUGGUUGUCUGCAGCUUGUUGCAGACGAUGCUGCACUGUUUUGCAGUUCAGGAGCCUGACCUACCUGUGGCGGGUCAACUCCAGCUCUCUCCCCUGCAGCGGGGCUGGCGGAGGAGGAAGGGGCCGGUGCAGAAGGUCGAUCGCAUUUACGCCGGGGAUGGCAAGGUCGGCUACUUGGUGUACGCGGACGGCGAGAGGUUCCUGCUGGAUUUGGAGAGGGACGAGGCGCUCGGUUCGCCCUCCCCGGGAAGCCCAGCACUGUCCCCGCUAGCCCAGGCGCCUAGCCCCCGCUGCUUGUACCGGGGCACGGUCAACUCCGAGCCGGAGUCGCUCGCCGUCUUCAAUCUCUGCGGAGCUCUGCGAGGCUUCUUCGCGGUCGGCCACUCCCGUUACACCGUCAGCCCGCUCCUCACCGGCUCCGGGAGCGCCGGGCUGCUGCCUUUCGGUGGCGCCGCGGACCGGGCGCCGACGCCACACUUCUUCACCCGGGACCGUUUCAGCUUCGAGACUCCGUCCGCAGAGCUCGGCCGCUGUGAGAUCCGCACCCCCUCCGGUCAGCCCCCUGCCCGGAGCCCCCAGCCCCGGAGCUCCGGCCGCUCCAGGCGCUCGGUGUCCCGGCUCCGGCAUGUCGAGCUGCUGCUGGUGGCUGACCAGUCCAUGUCUCAGAAGUACGGCGACAGGGUCCGCCACUACCUGCUCACCCUGGCCUCCAUCGCCUCCAAGCUGUUCGGGCACGCCAGCAUCGAGAACCCGGUCCGCCUGGCCGUGGUCAGGAUCAUCGUCCUGACCGAGAACCACCAAGGGCCGGCGAUCAGCAAGAACGCGGCGAGCACCCUCCAGAACUUCUGCAAGUGGCAACACAAACAGAACCAGGUGGACACGGACCAUGAAGAGCACUAUGAUGCUGCUAUCCUGUUCACCCGGGAGAAUUUGUGCGGACAUCAUUCGUGUGAUACUUUGGGAAUGGCAGAUGUCGGAACCAUUUGUUCUCCUGAGCGCAGCUGUGCAAUCAUUGAAGAUGAUGGCCUCCAUGCUGCAUUUACAGUUGCUCACGAAAUUGGACAUCUCCUAGGACUGUCCCAUGAUGAUUCCAAGUUUUGCGAAGAGUCGUAUGGCUUGACAGAAGAUAAGCGGCUAAUGUCUUCAAUUCUGACCAGCAUUGACUCCUCCAAACCAUGGUCAAAGUGCACUUCUGCUACUGUAACAGAGUUCUUUGAUGACGGUCAUGGGGAUUGCCUCCUUGAUCUUCCACAGAAGCCCCUGCAUGUACCUGAGGAGCUUCCAGGCCAGAACUAUGAUGCUGUUCGUCAGUGCAAGCUGGCUUUUGGGCAAGAGUACACAGUGUGUCCAGGAAUGGAUGUCUGUUCCCGCCUGUGGUGCGCUGUUAUUCGACAGGGGCAAAUGGUGUGCAUGACCAAGAAGCUUCCUGCCGUAGAGGGAACACCAUGUGGAAAGGGGAGGAUCUGUCUCCAUGGCAAGUGUGUGGACAAAACCAAACGGAGGCAUUACUCGGCUUCGGCUCAUGGAAACUGGGGGUCAUGGGGUUCCUGGGGAGAGUGUUCCCGGACGUGUGGCGGGGGUGUGCAGUUCUCCCGUCGACAUUGCAACAACCCUGCCCCCAGAAAUAACGGCAAAUACUGCGUGGGGAAACGUGCCAUCCAUCGAUCCUGCAACGUGACACCCUGCCCACAAACUGGCAAAUCUUUUCGUCAUGAGCAAUGUGAAGCACGGAAUGGGUACCAGACUGAUGCCAAAGGAGUCAAGACGUUUGUGGAAUGGGUUCCAAAGUACGCUGGCGUGAUCCCUGCAGAUGUGUGUAAAUUGACCUGUCGAGCAAAGGGAACAGGAUAUUAUGUUGUGUUUUCUCAGAAGGUAACAGAUGGCACGGAAUGUCAGCCGUACAGCAAUUCGGUAUGUGUGCGGGGACGCUGUGUCAGGACUGGCUGUGAUGGUAUUAUUGGCUCCAAGCUGCAGUAUGACAAGUGUGGAGUUUGCGGGGGUGAUGGUUCCACUUGUGUGAAAGUAUCACGAAGUUUUACCAAGAGAAGUGUGGGUUACAGAGAGGUAACAAGAAUCCCUGCAGGAGCAACACACAUCAAAGUGCGGCAAUACAAGCCAAAGGGUCAGCAGCGGUUCACUGCCUAUUUAGCAGUUAAACGGAAGAAUGGGGAUUACCUCUUCAACGGCAAGUACAUGAUCUCGACUUCAGAAACGAUUGUUGAUCUAAAUGGCACAGUGCUCAACUACAGCGGGUGGAGCCAGAAGGAUGAUCAAAUGCAUUCAAUGGGUUAUGGACCAUUAAAGGAGCCACUGAUAAUUCAGAUACUUGCCACUGAUCCUGGGAAACCACUUGACGUGCGCUACAGCUAUUUUAUUCCUAGGAAACAAUUGCCUUCAGCCAAUGAAAAUGCCAUCAAGACUCUGGCUGCACAAUCCAACCUUCCCAAGUGGGCAACAGGACCCUGGUUGUCAUGUUCCAGAACCUGUGAUACUGGCUGGCAGACCCGAACUGUUCAGUGCAAAAACGGAUAUGGGAAACUGACAAAGGGAUGCCGCCUGUCCAUGAGACCCUCAGCAUUUAAACAAUGUUUUCUGAGAAAAUGUUAAUGCAUUACUGUUGAGUAAGAAUCUUUUUUAUUUUGUCAUUUUGUUUGGUGUUGUCUUAAUCUAAAAUGAAAACAUACUUGGAGAA